CCUGGAAGGCGGGAAUACCGCCAGGUAACGUGGACGAAGCCCAGGUCCUUGCGGACGUCAUGACGGGCGUCAGCAUAGCCCAUGGAACAACAUGCAAAGCUGCCAUAUGCAAAGGAAGCCAUUGCCAGCUCCUGAAUCCUGCGUUUGUUCACAUUUCUCCUGUCUUUCAGGGAUAGCUGCAUUGGAGGGAAAGCCACCAUAUUGUAGGAUCCGACCUUCAUUUGGAUAUCUUGGUGUCAGCUUUCCAUUGGAUUUCUGCAUCGCCGCCACCAACCAAUCAACAAUUUGCAGCAUGGCUGGAGAACUGGAGAAGAUCACGGUGAAGGGCACCGAGGCCAGCAAGGAGCCAGACUUUCCAGGAUAUGUGAUCGGCGAGAAAGGUGCACCGGGGUUGGUUGUGCUGCAGGAAUGGUGGGGAAUUGAUUAUGAGAUUAAGAAGCAGGCCAAGAUUGUGGCUAGCAAAGGCUUCCGCGUGCUGGUACCAGACCUGUACCGGGGAAAGCUUGGAACUAAUAUGGAAGAGGCCCACCACUUGAUGGACAAUUUGGACUGGUCGAACUCCGUUCAGGACAUCACUGCGUGCGCGCGGCACCUGCUCCAGGAGGGGAGCCCCAAUGUCGGAGCCGUCGGUUUCUGCAUGGGCGGCGCACUGUCCGCCGUUGCCGCCAUCCGCGUCCCCGAGAUCUCCGCGGCCGUCGUGUUUUACGGCACGCCCAACCCGCAGCUGGCGGAUGCUGCCACGUGUCAGAAGCCGGUGCAGGCGCACUUCGGCGAGGUGGACGGCAUGAAGGGCUUCUCCGCGCCCGAGGACGCCAAGGCCUUCGCGGACAAGCUCGAGAAGGCCGGGUGCACCCACGAGCUGCACAUGUACCCCGGACAGGGGCACGCGUUUAUGAACCAGUCCCCCGAGGCCGUGGAGCGGAAGAAGUCGAUGGGCCUGCCGGAACACGAUCAGAGCACCGUUGACCUCGCAUGGUCCAGGACCUUCGCGUGGUUCGACAAGUACGUCAAGGCAUGAUAGGAACUGGGUGUUGAAGUUGUUAUAUUCUGGUGUUGGAGCCCGGGUAAGGUGCGUUUUGGUUUUGAGGAUCGACGCAGAUCCAGUUGUGCACGAGCAAGUCAAGUCAGUUGACAUUCGUCAGCGGCCUGUUUAUCUCUCUUUACAGUUUGUAAGGAUAUAUAGCGACCGUCAACUGCAUCGACUAUGUCAUGCGACUAAGUUGCUUUGCGUAGCAGUUCAUGCGAUCCACCGGCUGCUCAUGGCAAGUGCAUGCCACAGUGGUAGCUAGGGGGGGGCAAUUAUGGUACCUGUGGCCAAACGUUUUCAGUUAUCGCGGAAUAUGCAAGACCUUUAAAAGAAUGAUAAAGUUUUUCCGCAAGGUGAAUGCCACAGCAUCUAGGUGAGUUCAAUUAUCAAUGAUUAUAAUGCCACA